AUGACUCCGAAGUUUGAUUUUGUCGAUUGGUGGAGCAAGGAGCAGCAUCGAGGGACUCCGGUGGUGGUUAAGAUGGAGAACUCGAAGUAUUCUCUUCUGGAAAUUGAGAGCCCUACGAAGUCCAAAUUUGAGGACCACCAAAACAAAGGGAAGCAAGGGAAUGCCAAGCAACUGACGUGGGUGCUUCUUCUUAAAGCCCACAAGGCGGCGGGUUGUGUCGCUUGGGUGGCAUCAGGAGUAAUGUUGUUGCUUGCCGCGAUCAAAACACGUCUCAUUCUUGGCCAAGGGGUGGCUCAGCAAGACAAAAGCAAAGGAAAAUUGUUUAAGGCCAUCACAGCUUUUUUAAUGUUUGCUGUGCUGAUGUUGUGUAUGGAAGUGGGAGCUCAUGCUUUGAGUUGGCACUUCACAACGCCACACUGGCCUUCUUCUAUUGGUAUUCGGGACAUCCCCCACGCCGUUUAUGUUGGGUGGAUGUACUCUCGUGCCAAUUACAUUGCUCCUGCGCUGCAAAAGUUGACGAACUUCUGCAUCGGGUUGUUCCUCAUCCAGUCCGUGGAUCGAAUUGUAUUGUUUUUGGGCUGUGUGUAUAUCAAGUGGAAGAAGAUUAGACCUGUUCCGGUUAAUCCAUCCCUGGAGUCUGACGACGCCGAGAAUCCCGACGGCGGCCACCCCAUGGUUCUUGUACAGAUUCCGAUGUGUAACGAGCGCGAGGUAUAUGAACAAUCCAUAGCCGCCGUUUGUCAGCUUGACUGGCCACAAUCUCGCAUACUCAUUCAGGUUUUGGACGAUUCUUCGGAUGUAGAGACACGCUUUCUGAUAAAAGGCGAAGUGAAUAAGUGGCAGCAGAAGGGAGCAAACAUAAAAUACAGACACCGGCCUGACCGCACAGGAUACAAGGCUGGCAACAUGAAGUCAGCCAUGCAGUGUGAUUACGUAAAGAAUUACGAAUUUGUCGCUAUUUUUGAUGCAGACUUUCAGCCCAAGCCAGACUUCCUGAAACGCACAGUUCCUCACUUUAGGGACAAUCCAGAGCUGGCGCUUGUGCAAGCUCGGUGGUCAUUCGUCAACACGGAUGAAAAUCUUCUCACACGCCUUCAGAACAUUAAUCUAUCUUUCCACUUUGAAGUGGAGCAGCAAGUGAAUGGUGCUUUCAUCAACUUCUUCGGAUUUAAUGGCACGGCAGGAGUAUGGAGGAUCAAAGCACUUGAGGAGUCGGGUGGGUGGCUGGAACGGACUACUGUGGAGGACAUGGAUAUUGCUGUUCGAGCUCACUUGCAGGGCUGGAAGUUUAUUUUCUUAAACGACGUUCGGUGUCUCUGUGAAGUACCGGAGUCAUAUGAAGCCUAUCGCAAGCAGCAACACCGGUGGCACUCCGGACCUAUGCAACUAUUUCGCCUUUGUCUUCCAGACAUCAUUCGAGCCAAGAUCACGUGGAUGAAGAAAGCAAACAUGAUCUUUUUGUUUUUCCUUCUCAGGAAGCUUAUUUUGCCAUUUUAUUCAUUCACACUCUUCUGCAUCAUCCUUCCCAUGACCAUGUUUGUGCCGGAAGCAACUCUACCAAUUUGGGUUGUGUGCUACAUUCCAGCACUCAUGUCGAUUUUAAAUGUGCUGCCGUCACCAAAGUCAUUCCCUUUCCUAGUUCCUUACCUGCUCUUUGAGAAUACCAUGUCGGUGACCAAGUUCAAUGCCAUGAUUUCUGGUCUCUUCCAACUCAGCAGCGCGCAUGAGUGGGUAGUGACCAAAAAGACCGGGCGAGCUUCUGAGGGAGAGCUUUUGAACAUGGAGAAACUAGCAGCAAAGCCUGCUUCGGCUAUUGACAGAGCCAUGUCCGAGUCUAACAUUGAUGCGUUGAAGACAAAUAAUGCAACAAUGAAACCGCUGCUACCUCCUUCAGUUCAAAAUCCUACAGAACUUAAGAAGAAGAAGAACCGGCUGUAUCGAAAGGAGUUAGCACUGGCUUUCUUGCUGCUUACAGCUUCUGCACGAAGCUUGCUUUCUGCGCAGGGAGUUCACUUCUACUUCCUACUCUUUCAAGGUAUAACAUUCUUGGUGGUUGGUCUUGAUCUUAUUGGAGAGCAAGUGAGUUGAUUCUUGUGUGCCACAAGAUCAAGCCGCUCGCUUUGAAGGUCUCUUAAACCUGCUGUUGAUAGAUCGGGCGACUAAAUAUCUAUUUGUUGGAACCCUAGUAAACCUGAGAAAAAAAGGUCUUAAGCCGAUCUGCAUUCUUCUCCACUUGUCUUAAUGGAAUAUCUGAGAGCAGCGAGAUUUGCUAUCUUCGAAUCAACGGUAGUUUUUCUGUUUACUGGUGCGCAUCAACUUCGAGGUUUCAGUGGUAUCAUUGCAAUCAAGUGUUGAGCUGGAGGAAGGUGCUAAGCGCUGGGGGUAACUUAGCAUCCAAGUGCAUGGAGGUUGAAGAGUUUAUCAUCUAGAACUGCAUACUUCUAUGGUUGAGGCAUGAGGCUUGGAAUGUGGGAAAGGAAUUGCUGGUGAUGUAAGGACAGCAGUUCAGGUGUCUCCAGCAGGGGUAUGUCAACCAUCAAUUGCUGUAAACACCUAAUAUUCAUUGUAGUUUGGCCAUUCAUUUAGUCUAUAGUAUUAUUUCUGAUGCCUCCAUUUAGAAGCAGUAGUGGUUGUAAUAAAAAUUGCGCCUUAGGAUUAUGUGAAUAAAUCUUCAGAUCUAUUUGCACAUUACCAUUGGAAUGUGGCGAAGAUUUGCUGAGCAUGUAACGUCAGCCAUUCUGACCCAAAGGUAUUCUGAAUUGGAGGUCAUUUCUUUUACGGCCAUCUGCUUCCUUCGCCAUUUCGUCACACUCUUGUGGCAGUAGAGUAUGUGAAGAGUAUUUUACAACAUCUAGAAGCCAUAGUUUGAUGGAACCUUUAGAAGGAGACUAGAUACCAGCGUUUUUGUUACUUCUUUGCAUUAAUAUGACACGUUUCAGCGACUGAUUUCCAUUA